CGCGCACUCAAGCGGCCAAGACCGCAAGUGUGGGUAUGUGCGCAGGGCCUUUAUUUUGUCCCUCUCGCGUACCGUAGUAGACUGUGGAAUCCAAAAUGGCAGCUCCAUUGAGGACGUUUUGUUCUACAGUGUUGACGCAGUCUAUACGCCCGUUUUCAUCGACGUGUGUGACCCAUGCAGGAAAGAAAUGGAGACUGGAAAAUGGUUUAGCACGCAGUGGAUCUGAGUAUGGACCACUAACAGAUCUGCCUGACUGGUCAUAUGCAGAUGGAAGGCCUGCACCUCCACUUAAAGGACAGAUCAGAAGACAAAAGCAGAGAGAGGAGUUUGCGAGAAGAGCGGUGUAUCUCAAUGCAGAGGUGGAUAAAGGGAUGGAGCGAUGGCGGGAGAAGAAGGAAGAGGAGAGACUGAAAGAAGAGCAGUUGAAAUCUUUAAUGCUGAAACCUAAAGGCAAUUUACUUUUAAAGAACAAAAAAUAAAGAUAUUUGAAAAAUGAAAUAGAAGCUGGUGCAUG